UCUCAAAAACAAAUAGCUACCUCUUAUCACAGGUCUAGGGUUAAUUACCUACUUUUCAAAACAACAAAAAGAGGCUUCUACUUGUUUGUUUAAGGUUAUGUAACUUUGUUUGAAUGCAAAUUGAGGAGAUAAUGUUAUAAUCAUAUUUAGGUACUUUCAUAAUAGUAACAUAAAUUUUAAAACUGAAAUUACACAGAAUCCAUAAUCAUUGUAGAAAAUUUAUAAGAUUAUAUGUAUUACAGAUUCAUUUUGUAACAAUAUGUACAUACAUAUAUGAUUAUCAAAAAUAUAUAUAUGCAUAUAUAAAAGCAGACAAUUAUAAUUGACUUAUCAUUUUAUAAAUAAAACUUGUUAAACUCGAUUACAAUUGGAGAAAGCCACGACUAUCAAUGUUAAGUGAUAAACUUUGAAUAUCUGGAAAAUAAAAUGAGUACUUCAAAUAUAAAUAAUAAACAUAUAUCGACAUUAAAAGAGAAACUCACUCAAGAUCAGCAUCUAAUUAAUCCUUGUUUACAAGAAUAUAACAUCAGUGGGAAAUGCCUAGAAGACAAUAAAUACGAAGCUAAUAAUUGUAUAAUGCAAUUUGAAAAUUACAAGCUCUGUAAGAAAUUUUGGAGAGCGGUAAUGAUCAAUAGGAAGAUUCGAGGUGUAAAACCGUACCUCCCUUUGCCUGAAGAAAGAGAAAAAAUAAAAGAAGAGUACUUACAAUCUCGCAAAAAAUAGUACAGUUUUUUUAUGGAUGAUAGGUUUUGUAUAUAAUUUUAUAGCUACUUUAUAAACGUUAUUUAUAUCUACAAAAUCAUUUUUAUCAUAAUCCUGAAAUAUAUAAGAGAUGUAUUCCUAAAAUAGAUAACUCUUUGUUCAUUUCUAUAAUUACAUGGAUUAUAUGUAAAAGUAAAGUAAAUGCAAAACAGUCUUUUGUGCUUUUAAUUGUAUUAUUAAUGCAUUAAAAAUAUAUAGAUAAAAUGUGUAUAUAA